UCGUGGGUUCCCUGGGCUUGCUCCGAACACUAAACUGCACUUUGCCUGAUGAAGCGGAGCGGCCGAAAAAAUGCAAGCAGGAAUGUUAAAGAGCAAAGAUUGCAAUCGGGUGCAUUCGGCAAUGCGGAAAUAGAUGGACGUUACAUGCCACUAAGCUUGCUUCCCAUUCCCAGGCCGAAAAUUGGCAGCGGUCAGACCUGUGACAGGGAUUGCAUCUAAGUGGCACAAUCUUCUUUUUUCAUCUUAUUUGGCUUUUGUUUCCCUCGUACUUUUAUGAAAAUAGGAAUUUGGGCAUUAGUUGGCUGGAAGACGCGUCGAGGACAGCGUUCUGGAUCUGAAGGAUUUUUUUUGUGAAGUUGUUUUGUGGAUUUUGUCUUAUUUCUGUCAAGCAUCAUAAUGGACGUUUUGGCAAAUUACAGUAUUUUUCAAGAACUGCAACUUGUGCACGACACUGGCUACUUCUCUGCCUUGCCUUCCCUAGAAGAGAACUGGCAGCAGACAUGUCUGGAGUUGGAGCGCUACCUACAAACGGAACCCAAAAGGUUUGCCGACCCGUUCGAUGAAGAUCUGGAUUGCCUCCUGAUGCCAUCUUUCAUUAAAGGUGAAAUCGAUGACCACAAGGACCCUCUGUUGCCCAGUCUGGACGGCAGCCUCCUGGAAAGGCCGAGCCCCAGAGAACUGCUCAUCUCCCAGGACAAGCUCCUGUCAGACGCCCCUCUGGGCAUCCAGACUGCAGAUUCGACCACCACCACCACCACCACCACCAAAGAGGCCUACACCACCAUGAGUGUGGGCGUAGGGGUGAACCCGGCCCAGCUGAGCGCUGUCACUUCACUGACGCCACCCUCUUCGCCCGAACUGGGCAGGCACCUUAUCAAACCGUCACAGACUUUCACUGCCACCGCCGAUGGAACGGUCACCCUCAAGCUGGUGGCUAAAAAAGUGGGGCUGAGCUCGGCCAAAGUGGUCACCGCCACUCCCUCGCCAUCUCCAACAAAGGGGACACACAGCGACGGGGAGCAGGGGAGUCUUAGCGGCGCGGCGGCAGAGACGACAGCCGAAAACAAGAAGCGGGUCCACCGUUGCCAGUUCAACGGCUGUCGAAAGGUUUACACAAAGAGCUCCCAUCUGAAAGCACACCAGAGGACGCAUACAGGUGAGAAGCCUUACAAAUGCUCAUGGGAAGGCUGCGACUGGCGCUUUGCACGGAGCGACGAGUUGACGCGGCACUACCGGAAACACACCGGAGCGAAGCCUUUCAAAUGUAACCACUGCGACAGGUGUUUCUCGCGGUCGGACCACCUCGCCCUUCACAUGAAGAGACACAUCUGAAGAAGGGGUCCCGGGUGGAGAGAGGGUGUGGCGGACAGCUCUGCGUGGACCUGGGUGGAAUUCCAGGAAAGCCCAUUGAAGAGCACAGAAUACAAUCAGAAUGUCCUGCCUUGACAGUGCAGAUGGCAAGGAGAGAAAGGGGGAAACCGACAAAAUCUGUAUAAAUAUCUACAAAAAUUAAUUUACAAAACAAACGAGAAGAAGAGAGAAGAGCGAGCAAAGCAAGCGCACAAUCCUUUACGCAAUCCAUCGUCUCCUAGCUAAAACACCAGACGGGUGGUGAUGCCUUACUGUACCGAACUCUUGUGGGUGGGUGGGGCGGGGACGGAGUGGGGGGGGAUGCGAACCCGACACUGCCAACCCAGCGCGGAGGUGACCCCCCGCUGUCACCCGACUUCUCAGCUGUCAAAACCAGACCUCCAUGAGAAGGAUUUUUUUUGUAGCUCCGCUUGCUGAAGGACCCGGACUCGCCCCGUCGUUUGCAUUCACCUUUGGACUGAUUUGAGCUUCUUUAUGCUGUAAGGCAAAGACCACAAAGACAAAAAAAAAAACUCUAGCAAGCCAAAACUGUAAAAAUUGAAAAAGUGGUGGCCAAAUAUCAGCGUCCACAUUGCAUCAGACAGAGUGGAGGGACGGCAGUGGCACCCUGUGUCACCUUUAGUACUGGAGGUGUCAGUCCAAGAUGGGGGACCUUAAAGGCACCACGCUUCACGGUGACACCAGUCACCUUCGAGACGCCAUACUGUACACAGCGACACCUUUUUUUUGGAAAACAUUGGCUUCAUUUGUGCGUGUCUGUGUACGUAUGUGCGUGUUUAUACACUAGCAAAUACGGUAGCUGCUAGCAAAGACUGUAAAGAAACCGAAAACAACGAAAAGGCUUUAUGACGGCUUAAAAGGGAAGGGAAGCCACGUUUCCUAAAACAGUGUAAAAAAACAUAUAACCGUGCGUACCUCUUAACGGCUUGACCUUCUCGAUUAGGCCUCAUUUCUCGAAAACUUGAAAUGCUUGUUUCGAACUUUUGGGACCGACCUUCUCUUUCGUUCGAAAAACGCGUUCCUUCCCCUCCCUCAACCUUCCCACUGUCAGCUGCCAUGCUGGAACGCGUUCUGCUCUUCAUUACUCAGCCUUUCGAUGUUCUGCCGUUAAUGCCUGGACUUUCGGGAAAAAAACAAAAAAAACAAAAAGAUGAUGGAAUGUUUCAAAAAAAAAAAAAUAAACGCGGCCAAAUCGCCAGAGCAAGCACUCGCGAGAGGACCAGACGGCUUUGUUUCCGGGAAGUGCUCACCUUGUUUCGUACCGCUCAUCGGCACUGACUUUUUCAAUGGUGGACUUGCUUUUCUUUUCUUAAAAAGACAAAAAGAAGGAUUAAAAAAAAAAAAAACGGGACAAGUGCUCAGUGACGCUUUUAUUUCGUGAAAGGAAAGAAGGAAAAGAAACGAGGGAAUGUACCCUUUGGAUUACUGAGUGACAAAUCCGCUGUAAUGGAUUCCCUAAAAAAAAGAAAAAAGAUCAUUCUCUGAGGUUUUUAUUAUUAUUUUUAUUUAUUUUUAUUUUUUUUUUUUUUUUAUGGAAAUACAGAAAAAUGUGACAAAAUGUCAUUCAGUACAAAAGUUUUCUUCUUAGGGAAACACGUGUUAAAAAAAUGGGAUCGUGCAACCAUCUCUCGACCUCCCCAAACAAGAGUCGCCGUUUGACUGAGAGCGUCACGUCACCCAGCGCCCAACCUCUCGUUGUGCAAAUAAUUCAGUCGAUUCCGGAAAAAAAAAAAAAUAUCUUGGAAUAUUUACGAGACGAGAAAAAGGUCACCGCGAUAACACAAAGAAGGAAUUAACAAAACAUCAACUAGGAGUCCGGAAAUAAAUGAAUCGCCGACAAAUUAAACCAGGAAAGUGCCGGAAAAUGCGAGCACCAAAUCCCUAAAAUAACUGUCGUCGAAGGAGUCUUUCUAGAUUCCUGUUUCACGGUGUCAGACAACGUGGGUCUCAGGAGCAUUUAACUGGUUUGAUUUGGACAAAUACAUGGAAGGAAUCACACGGGACCCAACAUGGAGAAAACCACUAAAGGUCACAUCCGGGUCCUGCGAAGCCCCUUCCGGUAGCAGCGACAUUUAAACUGACCGACUUCAGAUGAGAUUGGAGCUCCGCCACGGACUAGUUACCACAUUUACUAAAACACGUGAGCGAUACAUAAAAGUGUUCUUGAUUUGACACGAUUUAGAAUUCAAAACACGAUUACUUGAAAAUGGGUAGUCUCCUGUGUGUCAUCGACUUUAGUCACGGACAAUAAUAAAAAAUGUGUUUUUGGUUAAUUAUCUGCUAAGUUUUAUAGAUUCAGAAUUCAAGUCAUUAACUGGUUAGGCUGGUGUCACGCUACACAACACUGACUCGGGGAGCGCGUCACACUUCACGACUGUAGUUGCCAGAUCUCGUUGCCUUCAAGGCAAAAAUUACGCAACUUCCUUGCGACUUCUCGGCAAAGUUUCAAAUUUACAAAGUAUCAAGAGUUCAACGCAUUUUGAAUUAACAAAGGAGUUCAGCUGCAGUCUCGGCUUGUCUUUUAUAGUUUGGCGGUGCUGUGACAAAAAUUUCUUACGCGUUGUGCUGUUGGCUGCUAACUCUCACACACGCUGGGCGCCGCUCACAAUUGACGACAUCCUGUUUGAUUUUGUCACGGCAGGUCGAAUCGUAGCUGGGGAAGUUGCACUACACAACUUGUGGGUCACGGGCCUGCGCCAUAACUGUCCUCGACUCGCCAAGACUUGAGGUGAAGGCUUACGACUGCAAAUCAUGUCGAGUGUCUGCCUCUGGUUAACUGGCUCACAAAAUGAUGUAACAACAU